GGCAAUUAUGCGCCAAUUCCUCCACGAACCAGUAUGGUAGAAGGAGCUCAGCUCUCAAACGCCAUGGCUGGGAUCGCCACCGGCUGUCCAUUGAAGCUGGUGCAUACCCAGACCUCCACCAAUACUACGCCGUCUUUGCUUCCCAUAUCUUCUUCUUUCGACUCCAAGCUCUUUGGUCUUCGUCUUCAAAACUCCAGCCUGGCCAAGUCCAGCUCUCUCGUCUAUGCAUCUUCCAGUUUCAGCGCCGCAAUCACUUCCCGAUAUGGUGGUGGGUCUCGCUAUUCGGGUCCUGACAAACGGUCACGCCAGAGUUACUCCGAUGAUGAUCAAGCCCUUGAUAUUUCAACUAUCAGGUCAGAUUCCGUGAGGCUUAUCGAUGAGAACCAGAAUAUGGUUGGAAUUGUGUCUAAAAGUGAGGCCGUUCGAAUUGCUGAAGAUGCUGAACUCGAUCUUGUUAUAUUAUCACCAGAUGCAGAUCCCCCAGUUGUCAAAAUAAUGGAUUACAAUAAAUAUAGAUAUGAACAGCAGAAGAAGAAAAGAGAUCAGCAGAAGAAAAGUGCAGCGAGUCGGAUGGCACUGAAGGAGCUAAAAAUGGGUUAUAACAUUGAUCAACAUGAUUAUUCUGUCCGGUUGAAAGCUGCUCGGAAGUUUUUGAAAGAUGGUGACAAGGUUAAGGUCAUAGUGAACUUGAAAGGUCGUGAAAAUGAGUUCCGGAAUAUUGCGAUCGAGCUUAUCAGACGUUUCCAGAAUGAAGUUGGGGAGCUUGCAACAGAGGAAGCCAAGAACUUCCGUGACAGGAACAUAUUCAUAAUUUUAGUUCCUAACAGGACUGUUCUACAGAAAGGGCAGGAACCACCAGCUAAAAAGGAUAAAUCAGCAGUAAAUGAAGUAUCAGCUGGUGUGUGAGUUGACUAAUGUUCGGAGGAAGGCUUGACAGAAAAAGAAAUUUGUGGUAUUUUGAUUUAUAUUGGUCAAUGAGGUUGGGGGAUGUUCAAGGGUUAUGUAUAGCAUUAGUGUUAAAACUGUGCUGAAAUAUGUUAUUAGAUUUUGAUUUAGAAAUUAUCUUAUUAAAUUUGUUACCAUAUAUUGCAGUGAAGCAUUUGCUCCUACCAAUCAUCAAGUAACUCUUUUUUUGGGUCCCAAAAAAAAAAAAAAGAAAAAAAAAAUUGUAAAAUAUAAAAGCACCAAUGGUAGUAUGGUUGGUUUUUUGUUUUUUUUAAUAUUUUUUUCUGCUUAAUUGUGGAUAAUUUGCUUAUCUCAAAUGUGUGUUGUGGUAAUUAUAGUUUGUUAAAACACUUGAACAGCUAUAAUAUAAAGUUGCAUUCAAUUGGUGCC